CAGGUUUGGUUCUUGACCACGACCAGUGUGCAAAUCCCUGAAAAGAUUAUGGCUCCUCUUUCCCAUCCGUCUAUCGUUGAUGGUUGGUUCAGGGAAAUCUCACACCAAUGGCCCGGUCAGGCAAUGACCUUGAGGGUUAACAAAAUUCUCCACGUCGAAAAGUCCAAAUACCAAGACGUGCUUGUCUUCGAGUCUGCAACGUAUGGGAACGUGCUGGUGCUGGACGGUGCUAUCCAAUGCACCGAACGCGACGAAUAUUCAUAUCAGGAGAUGAUUGCACACUUGCCGCUCGCUAGUCAUCCGAAUCCGAAGAAAGUCCUUGUGAUCGGUGGCGGCGAUGGAGGUGUCGUCCGAGAGGUGCUGAAGCACGAGUCUGUUGAAAACGUCGUUCUGUGUGAUAUCGACGAGGCCGUUAUUAGAGUAUCAAAACAAUUCCUCCCUCACAUGUCCUCUCUUCUCUCUGAUCCCCGCGUAACCGUUUUCAUCGGUGACGGAUUCAAGUACCUCGCGGAUAACACUGCGACCUACGACGUGAUUAUCACUGAUUCAUCAGAUCCCGCCGGACCAGCCGCUUCCUUAUUCCAAAAGCCCUAUUUUCAACUCAUACACGAUGCACUUACUCCGGGAGGACAUGCAUGUUCUCAGGGAGAGUGCCUUUGGAUACAUCUGCCGCUUAUCCAUGAGCUCCGCAACACCACGAAAGCACUUUUCCCUACCGUUGAAUAUGCCUUCACGACAAUCCCUACGUACCCGGCUGGCCAAAUUGGGUUCACCAUGGGCGCGAAGGAGGCUGGUCGUGAUUUGAAGACUCCGUUGCGCAAUGUCCCCAACUGCAGGUAUUACAGCGCAGAUGUACAUCGCGCGGCGUUUGUGCUUCCCGAGUUCGGACGUUCGAUGCUUGAGGACAACAAAGAUAUCACUCCUGUUCUCACAAAAACCAUCGGUCCGGAGAAGAAAAUCCUGCUGCUCGGGAGUGGAUUCGUUGCUCGGCCUGCUGCCGAGUACAUCGUACGAAAUCGCGCUAACUCGCUCACGAUCGCGUGUCGCACACUUGCCUCUGCGCAAGCUCUUGCGGAAGGUUUACCCAAUACAUCUGCAAUUUCGUUGGACGUCAAUAAUACGGAGGCACUUGAGAAGGCUGUCGCCGCUCACGACCUCGUCAUCUCGCUCAUUCCUUACACGUACCAUGCAGCGGUGAUCAAGGCAGCGAUCAAAGGAAAGACUCACGCAGUCACAACUUCCUACAUUUCGCCUGCAGUUCGCGAGCUCGAUGCCGAAGCGAAAGCCGCUGGUAUCAUUGUAAUGAACGAGAUUGGGCUGGAUCCAGGUAUUGACCACCUCUAUGCUGUUAAGAUGAUCUCAGAGGUACACGCGAAGGGCGGGAAAAUCAAGCAGUUUUUGUCGUACUGUGGUGGUCUUCCUUCACCGGCCUACGCGGAUAAUCCUCUUGGAUAUAAGUUCUCAUGGUCUUCGCGCGGUGUGCUUCUAGCCUUACUCAAUCCAGGUUCGUACUAUUCUGAGGGUAAGAGGAAGGACGUCCCGGGUUCUGAGCUGAUGGGCGAGGCGAAGCCGUACUUCAUCUCUCCUGCAUAUGCCUUUGUCGCAUAUCCGAACCGCGACUCAACUCCAUUCCGAGAGUCAUACAACAUCCCAGAAGCAGAGACGGUUGUUCGCGGUACGCUACGAUACCAAGGGUUCCCGGAGUUCAUUCAAGUCCUUGUCAAACUCGGUUGGCUGGACGCGUCCGAGAAAGAUUGGUUGAACGACAGCCUUACUUGGGCAGAGGUGACUCAGAAGGCGAUCGGUGCUAACGACUCGUCUGAAACCUCGCUGAUCGCGCGUAUCGACGCGUUAUGCAGUUUCCCUUCCGACGCCGAGCGGACACGGAUCAUCUCUGGACUACGCUGGAUCGGGCUCUUCUCACAGGAGAAGGUGUCGCCGCGCGCGGGUAACUUGCUUGAUACGUUAUGUGCACAGCUCGAAAAGCUUAUGCAGUAUGCCCCUGGCGAGCGGGACUUGAUUAUGCUGCAACACAAGUUUGUCGUCGAGUGGGCAGAUGGCAAGCAAGAUACAAUCACGUCAACCCUUGAACUGCAUGGCGAGCCGACGGGAUCAGGAUACUCCGCCAUGGCACGCACUGUCGGGACACCAUGCGGUAUCGCUACACAACUCAUUCUCGACGGCGUGCUAAACAAAACAGGAGUACAAGCGCCUUACAGUAUGGACAUCGUGAAGCCGAUCAUGGAAAUUCUCGAGAGCGAGGGGUUAGGGAUGGUGGAAAAGGUGCUAUGAGACGAGACGAAACGUCACAAAGACCGAAAGGUGGAUGAAAGACAUUUUAAAGAAAGGAAAAGAAAAGAAAAGAAAAUCAGAGAUGGCUUUGUGUUUUGAUAUAGAAAGUGUAAUGACAAAGAAGCUGGACCGCC